GACGCGAUGCGACGACCUCCUCAGACUCUGGCGCUGCCGGCGCUGAUUUCGACGGCGCUGGCGGCCGGCGCGUGGCUGGCGCUGGUGCGCGCCAAGACGUUCGAGCGGUGCGAGCUGGCGCAGGAGCUGCGCUACCGGCACGGCCUGCCCGCGGCCCAGGUGCCCACCUGGGUGUGCAUCGCGCGCUUCGAGUCGCUCUUCAACACGUCCGCCGUGGGCAGGCUCAGCGGCGGCAGCCUCGACCACGGCCUCUUCCAGAUGUCCGACGCCUACUGGUGUUCGCCGCCAGGGCGCGGCACCGCGUGCGGCCUGUCCUGCGACAAGCUGGUGGACAACGACAUCUCGGACGACGUGGAGUGCGCGCUGCGCGUCUACCGCGAGCACCAGCGGCUCUCCGGGGACGGCUUCAACGCCUGGGUGGUCUACCAGCGCUUCUGCAGCCGCGGCCGCGCCGACCACUACGUCGACGACUGCUUCGAGAAGCCGGUCAACGCCAACGUCGUCUGACGGUCGGGCGCUCAGUCCACUGGACGCCACGUGCCCCUCACCAGUGCGCACUACUUCAGUGACAUCAGUUUUUAAAUCUGAUAAUCUAAGAUGAAUUUUAUGGGGCGUCUUUGUGUCCCCCUCUUCGUCACCUUAAACCCCCACCCCCGCCCUCGCACCCCCUCACCCCUCGCUCUCUCAUCUGGAAAGGAGUCGUUUUGGGCAGAUACGGUUUACAUAUAAUGAUCACCAAUCAACAUCAUCAGCUAUUGGCAGUAUUUAAUGAGUUUCCAUUCUGCCACACAAGGUGUGCAGUCUAUCUCCGAUGUGGAAUUUCUGAAUCUCUCCUUUUGGGUCAUCUAUGGAAAAGUUCAAAAGCCAAUCUGUUCUACAGCCUCCAAAGGACAUUCUAUGCCAUUUCUAUUGGUAAACUUAGACUUCACGAAUCAUUUCUCCCGCACAUAUUUUUUUAUGUUCUUUCUGAUUCUGCCGCUCAGAGUUACACCACGUUAAGUUACGUAAAACUUAUCUAUUCGCUGUCUAUACCUGUAUUAUCAUUUUGGUGAUGAGUCUAACUACCUUUUCCAUACAGAAGAACUAGUUUCGGUAUGAAAUUUUUUAAUAUGGUUUAUAUUUAUUUUCUCAUUUAUUUACCCGAAAUUAUUUUUCAUAUACCAUUUAAUUUAUUUCACUUUCUGAAACUAUUCUCUAUGCCUAUUUUUGACUGUAACUUGUGAAAAUUAUCAUCUAAAGGUAUAAAAUCUAUUAAGCAUUUCCUCAUUUUUAAUGUUUAUUGAUAUUGUAAUCUUCGUAAGUAUUUUAUCAGUUGAAAACAUUGUUUAGUUUUACGUUCAAAAAUUAUCGUACUAUACCUACUACGCGUAAAUAUUUUGUAAUCUGCAAACAGAUAUUUGUUAAUCAUCUUUACUUACAUAAAUGA